GUCGUGGGAGUAGCGUCGUGUGUCCUAUGCGUGUGCCGCGCGACGCUUCCCUACCGAGGGUGAUAACAUAGUUUCGCAUGACCCUACACGAUCUUUUUAUCGGUUUUGGUAAUAAAAACAAAACAUUUUAAUAAAUGAAGCUUUGUCCCCGCUCUACAGCGAUGCGGAACGUAUUUUAGAUCAGAAGUUUAUCCCUGCGUUCACUAAGUCAUUGUAUAUGGCGCCACCCCAAGGCUGACAUCAGACCAGCGGCUGCCGGAAACAGCUGAUACGCAUUAUCAACAUCAAUCAACCAUUUCUCAACAGCCAUUUAGCGUCGCUGCCUAGAAGGCAAAUGGAAAACCACUUCAUCUAAGUAAUGAGAAUAUCUGAUUCUGUAAUUGGCUGUUAGUCACUUAGUCGGAAAACUUGGCACGUGACAUUAGCGCAUUUGUUAACAGUUUGCAAUAUCACCAAAACUAUUGAUUUAGAACCUUAAAAGAUAAAAGAUAGUGAGAAAUUCUUGUUGAAAAACAGGCUGAAUAGAUUUUAAACCCUGUUAGUUGACGUUUGUAAAAAGCGAUCCUUACAUCUAGUGUAGAUAUUGAAAAAGGCCAACAAAAUGUCUGGGCCAGAUUUGACGUGCGACGAGCCAGGACUAUCCGGUCUGGAUUCGCCACACGCGUCGGUCGACCUGUCGCUGCUGCAGGACAGGCGGGUUUUGGAUAACAUGCUCAGGCUACAGUCGACCAUGCUCCCCACAGACGAAUAUUUGUAUAGCCCCUCGUCUGACAUCAAGCCUGCUAUGAGGAAAGUCGUCACCAACUGGAUGCUCGAGGUUUGCGACGAGCAGCGCUGCGAAGACCAAGUCUUCUUAGUAGCCGUCAACUUGCUGGACCGCUUCUUGAACACCACCGCCGUGAAGCGAUCUCAACUGCAGCUGAGCGCGUGCGUCUGCCUGCUGCUCGCCUCCAAGCUGCGCCAGUGCAGCUACCUCUCCGUGGAGCUGCUAGCUUACUACACCGAUAACUGUGUUACAUCUCAGGAAGUUAUACAAUGGGAAAUCCUCGUUGUGGCCAAGUUAAAAUGGGACUUGUGCCCGGUGACUGCAAUAGACUUCGUCGAGGUUAUACUUCAACAAAUUCCUGUACCGGUGGAUGUGACCGGAGUCAGAAGACACGCUUCUACCUUUAUCGCGCUAGCUGCAACAGAGUCAGAAUUCAUCUGCCAGAGACCAUCCUGCGUAGCUGGGGCCGCCAUAGUUGCCGCAAUUCAAGGCUUAACGCACGCAUCGCGUUCAGACCUGGAGAAAUGUAUCGAAAUAAUUGCUAAUAUGCUUAAGUCACGAUCAGAAAUUAUAAAGCCUUUACUUUUCGCAUUAGAAGCAUCCGUGAAAAGAGCGUCAAGUCCAAGCGACGGCAGCGUUUUCGGCAACAGCCCGACCGGAGCUACCUCAGCUAAGCACCAAGAACAAUAUUCCAAGCUGCGAGCUAUGAUGGACCAGAGUGAAGAAAUGGUCGAUACCGAUGGAAAAGAAACCCCAGUUGAUAUUCUAGAUGUUCCAAAUUGGUGAAAGUCAGUAACAUCGCUUGCGUGAUUAAUAUACGGUUUUUUUAUAUGAAUUUUAUAAAUACAGUUAGAGAGAGUUUACCUCAAGGGCCGUAAUUGCUGAAUCUAUGUACGCCGAAAACCACUAAAAUAAUAUGUUUUAUUUGGCGUCCGUUAGUUAUUGAAAGCCUGACUUAAUCCGGCAUCUGACGUUGAAAUAAUGUUGAUCGGACGUUUCCUCAACAAAAUCAACUCUUGUUUAAACGUUGCUAAACGAAAUCAACCCACAAUCAACGGUUUUUCAACGUCAUAUACCUGGAGAGACAGAACCUAAGUUGUGAGAGAAGCCUGAUUCUUGCGUAAGCUCUUACAAAAGCCCAUGUCAUUAAGCGUAUCUUGAACGUUUGAACGUGAGAAAAAAAGUCCAAUUGAUCGGCAUACGUGCUUCUCAGGUGAGUUGAAACUUUUGUUAUUUUUAUGCGUUAGAAUGACUUGUCCAACUCAAGUGAUGAUAAACUACCGGUAAUCUUAAUGUUCUUGUAUUUAGGAAAUGCCGCAAUUGCCUUGAUAAAUGGUUGCAAAAGUACCGUUGUAAGGAGUGAUGUGAAAUUAACUUGUAAUGAAUGGGUUCAUCAGGGCCAAAAGUGAUAUCUGUGUGAACGUUCUGGAGAAAAUGUUUCUCUGACAGAAACCAAUAUAUGCUUCGCAGUGCAGUGACGGUAUGCAUUGCAGAGCAGUGACGAUGCAUCGCAGAGCAGUGACUAUAAUGCAUUGCAGAGCAGUGACGGUAUGCAUUGCAGAGCAGUUAUAGUGUUUGUGCAAAACGGGUCUUCUAUUUAUGUUUUUUUCUUUAGUGUUUGCGGAUGUACAUCCGAAAUUAACUUUGCAGGCGGUUUCGAUACAAUGCUAAUUUCUCCCGUUUUAUUUGCGGAAUUUGAUGUAUUUACAAUAAUAUAGGUUAGAUAUUUUGUAGUUAGAUUCGUUUUGAGUCGAUUUCAUUUCUUGUUCGGCUCAUUUGUUUGACUUCACGGAACUUUGAUUUUUACGGUUAUAUAUACUACAUUUGACUGGUAAACAUUUAUAUACGUUAAAUUGUCCACCUUUUUUCAUCUAGUUAUUCGAUUUGUACAGUUGAAUACUACUCUAAUUUGUUAUUCUUGACAAGACGUGAUAGCAAGUGUCGCACUGCCCGAGUUGAUGAUUUCAGUUGGAGGAUGUCCUCUUUUGUCAUGCUUCCGUACAACGAUACAAAUAUUGUGGCAUAUUGUCUUAGAUAAACAUUUUGUAUUCAUUUUAGAACAGCCUCAGGAAUGGUUAGUCUUCACUGACUGGGUGUUAUUUUGUUACUGGCCUGUCUCUUGAUCCCCUUGUUCUGAUAAGCUUUUUCAUGUGUGAAUUAUGUUAGCCUGGUCGUCGCUUUAGACCUCCACCUGCCUGUCCCAACUCUACAUCAAUGACCUGGCACGUCUUUAUGUCCAUGGUGUCAUUUAUGUGGUGUCUUUAUGUCCAUCUUGCUAUUAAUUUCUUCAUAAUCUCAGUGUCCGAGUAUAUAGAAAUAAUUUACUUGGAUUUAAUGGUUGACUGAUAUCGCGGAACCGGUUUAUGGGCGACCUACGCAAAGCCUGUGCUACGAUUGCUUCAGAUUUGUCAAUGUUUCGGAAGGUGCUCUUGGUAACAGGUUAUUUUCCUGUAGGCAAGCAUCGGUAAUAUCACUUACGUUAGGUGUUGUUAAGAAUUUGUUUUCCUGAUGUUGACUUGUCUAUAAAACAGCUAGCGUUCACUUGUUCAAUACUAGAAACAAUAUACUAUUUCCGAGCUCUUCACUCUAGUAUGUUAGAUUGGUCAUAAAACUAUCUUGCAUAGUCAAUUGAAAAUUUCCGUUAGACCUAACGACGUUUACUGCUCGACAGCAUCAGAACUGCAACAUUCCCCAUAGUAGCUUACCUUAUUCUUAUGGACUUGAACCCAUACCAUACUGUUCAUACCAUUGAUUUUUCUUCUUUAUGCUUUUUACUUGCUGUGAAAUGUAACUAGCUUUCUGCCUUGUUA